UCUGACGCACUUCCGAAGGGUCGGAACGAGAGGAAGCCGCGCUGGCUGCCGGGAAUACGGAGUCGGAAAGAUGGUGGUCACCAGGUCCGGGGUCUUUCGGACCAGGCUCCGAGAGUGCUCCCAGCAGAAGAGGUCUGUUCCUCGGAGGAUUGGGACGCAUAUAGAAAGCAAAAGAGCCUCGGGAUCCGAUGGCAGCACUGCUGAGGCACACGGCUCAGCCCUCUCCAGCAGCAGCAGCAGAGCUACAGGCCCAGCGGAGAUCAUUGUACUGCUUUCUGAUGGAGAGCCCUCUGACACCGAGUCUCAUGCUUCCGGGGUUUCCUCUGUGUUAGAGGUCCAAGAGCCCAUUAUAAGAGUAACUAGGAAACGGAGGGUGGUGAUCGCGCCCGCCCCAAAGUCCAGUGUUAGGAAAAAGCGGAAAGUAACCCCUCAACGUGAAUCUGUUGAUGAAGUAGUGGUUUCUGAAGCAGAGUCUCACGUUUCAGGGGUUUCUAUGAUCGUACCUUCCACAGGAAAAAGCCGCCAAAAUAAGGCUAAAUCUCAAAGAGAGUCAAGCCAAGAAUCCCAUUUGGAAAUUAUAUCUGAUGCUGAGUCGUCCUGCUCAGGCAUUUCAUUGUUAGAGAUCGAACCGAGGAGAACAGCCAGGAAUGUGAGGAAGAAAUUACAGUUCCAAGCUGAGAAGAAAGAUACUACGAUUACACCAGGAAAUAAAAAGCAAAUUGUGGGUAUGUCUGUGUAUUCAGAGGACUCAGAUGCUACACAGGCCUCUCAGCUAUCAGCAAGACCACUUUCUCAGAUAAAUAUGCCACAGGUUUCUGAUAGUGAAACUUAUAACAGUGACUUUGAUGAUUCCAUCCACAGAAAUUCGGGAAAAAACCUGACAGCCCAAAACCACCAAAAUUUGCAUAUCCAAGAGGAAAAACAACCCAAUGUUGUAUCUCAUACAGAAGUCAGAAAGGAGUCUUACAAGGGUCUGGAUGAAGAGGACCCCAAAGUAAUAGAGGAAAAAGUAAUUAAUGAGAAAGAUUCGCUGCUGAGUCUUUCUGAAGCUCAAGAUGCCAGCCUUGAGCAGCCAGUGUCUCAGACUCAAUCAAGCACCCCAAAUAAAAAACCCACAUCUCAGCUUUCAAGUCCAGAUCAGGAGGCUCUAAUGAAAUCAUUAGAGCACAAGUUUGCAGUUGUGAAAAUAGAAAGAUGGAAUGACAAGAGAGGGGACAGCGUAAAAAAGAAUGAUUUGGCACAGCUCAGUGACAAGAGAGGAGACAGCGUAAAAAAGAAUGAUUUGGCACAGCUCAGUGAUGAUGGUGACAGCAACGAUGAGCACACAAGUGCGGGUGUCAGUGAGGACAAGAACAGCCAAAGUGCUGUCAUUUUUGAAUGUGAUAGCAAACCAUGCAAGUCUGAACUCAGCAUGGCUCGGGAUACCAACAGUCCUGUUUUAUUAUUUCUUAGCAGUGAUGAAAGCCAACAGUCUGAAAGCAGUGAGAAUGAAAGGGACACUUUGUGUUCUGUUGAAAACAGUGGCCAAAAGGAGGCAUCAGCUGAGGACCUGGAAGAUAACGCAUGUGAUGGUGCACUGUUUGUGAUUGACAAAACUCCUGGACUGAGUGCUGACAAGAACUUUUACCUAGAAGAUGAGGCUCCAAGUGAAGUUGCUAUUGAGAGGGAAAAUGAGGAGGAAGAGAAAGAGGAGGAAAAUAGUGAAGAAGACUCAUCAGACAGUGAUGAGAAUAAGGAUGAGUCUAGUGAUGAGGAGGACUUGCUCAGUAACACCAAGUCUAAGCUUCUGAAAUUGACAAGUAGCAGCAUAGACCCUGGACUAAACAUCAAGCAGUUGGGUGGUUUGUAUAUUAAUUUCAAUGUGGACAAACUGCAGCCUCACAAGAAAACCCUAACCCAGAUCAAGGAGAAAAAGAAAGACGAGCUUCUGCAGAAAGCUGUCAUUACACCUGAAUUUGAAAAAAACUAUUGUGUCCCACCAUAUAGUGAGUCAAAGCAUCAACUUCAGAAACAGCGCAGGAAAGAGCGACAAAAAACAGCUGGUAAUGCUUGGUUUGGCAUGAAAGCUCCAGAACUGACCGAAGAACUGAAAAAUGACCUCAAAGCAUUAAAGAUGAGAGCAAGCAUGGACCCAAAAAGGUUUUACAAGAAAAAUGACAGAGAUGGUUUCCCUAAGUACUUCCAGGUUGGAACCAUCGUUGAUAAUCCAGCUGACUUCUACCAUUCACGAAUUCCCAAGAAACAGAGGAAAAAGACUAUUGUGGAAGAACUGCUGGCUGAUUCUGAGUUCAGGAGAUUUAAUCGCAGAAAGUAUUCAGAAAUCAUGGCUGAAAAAGCAGCAAAUGCAGAAGGAAAGAAGUUCCGGAAAAAAAAGAAAUUUCGCAAUUAAAAUUGACAAAGCAAACCAUAGCAUUUUAUAGAUCUUGAUUUGCUGAAGAUUAUCACAUAAUUUAUAUAAAUAGGUAUAAAUAGUGAUUUCUAUUUGGAAAUAAAGAUUACUGACAAAA